AUGCCAGCAGCGGGGGUGAACGCCGCCCUCGCCCAGCAGGAGGUGCAGCAGUCUGCGGAAUGUGUUGCCAUGAAGUGCGAGGAGCACUGGGGCUGGAGCCCCUCACUGACAGGCAGCGGACCUAACUCAGGUGGGCCUUACAACACCUACGGCGCUGGUCAUACGAUUAUCGGCGCUGAGACUCCCUCUGGGAAGUGGCAGUUCAUCUUGUACACAGCGUCCCCACAAGUGCCUCUGGAAGGCUCAGUAACUGCACAGAGUUCCCACAAGGGCUGGGCAAGUUCUGACCAGCAGACGGACUUGAUUCGCUUCGCAGAAGAAUGUUUCUCCAGCCAUGCCGUGGACGUUUCCUCGCCGAACCAGCAGCAGGCUACUCUGCACCAGGCAGCGCAGUGCAUUCCAACAAAGUGCGAGGAAUCAUGGGGCUGGUCUCCGCAGCUGACAGGUUUCAGUGCAGCAGAAGCCUACUCUGAUUUCGGCGAAGAUCAUUCCGUCCUCCAUGUGGAGACCCCAAGAGGAACAUUCGAGGUGGUCCUAUUCUUUGAUCCGCAGGCAGAGCCCUGA